AUGCCGCUGCAGAAUUCGGUGCGGAAGGAGAAGAUUUUUAUCCGGCGUUGGUACUGCAAAAAAUGCCUGGACGCCUCCUACCUAUCGUUAAACUUCCUUGAUCCCCCGCCGAAGCCAAUCAAGCGGUACACCAUGCCCACACCGGGGCAGGAAGAGGACUUCAAGAACCAGAUCCCGAUCGUGACUGGCCCGAAUCCCGUUACUUAUGAGAAGGGAAAUUCUGGCGCAGCUUUAGGUCGCGGCGAGUAGAGUCAAGUAGUACACUACUUACAAGUAGCUCGAAAUCAUGCAUGGAUGCCUACCUAUCAGAAAACAAAAGGACGACCACCUCGCUCUACCACAACAUGUAAAUGUUGUAUGCUCAGUGAUUAUAAUAUCAGAAGCAGGGCUGGCUCGCAUGCUGCUUGGGUCUACCGACUUUAAAACCGCGACCUUUUCUUUCCCUCGCAUACCUUUGGCGCGAGCCCAGUCCACGCCACGAGCAAAAAGUCUGACGUGCCCGCACAUGUGGUGGACCCCUCCCCUUCGCUGAGCGCCAUGAGCAGCCUGACCGCGACGGAAAAGGCCAAAAUGCAGAGGCUCAUCGACGAGCACCGGGGGAAGCCGGCCUUCUUCUGCUACGGGUGCGAAACGAAGCCGCUGUUUGACGGGGGCCCUGUCCCGGAGAUGGGCUUGAAAUUUCGUCCGUACGACAAGCCUUACUGAAAAAAAAAACAGUGCAGAUUAUGGCCAGCGAAAUCAAGAAAAUGAAAAAGAAAUACGCAGUGUUAAAGUUGUUCUACUACGGCGAGAUUACUUAUACAAUAUUAAUUUCUCAAACCAAGAAUGCAGACGGUGCGGGUGCGCAGUGGUAUGUUAUAAUUUGCGCGUGGUCAAGAUGUUGCUCAGGGAGACUUUUUGGAACAAUCCGUAUCAUAAGGAAGUAGAU